AUGGAGCGCAGCACUAUCCAAGCAAAGGCAAAGCCCCUCCCCAAAGGAGUUUACACCCCCGUGGUCACACUUUACAAAGCAGACGAUCCAACCCAGCAAGUAGACCAUGAAGCAAUGCACACCCAAUGUCAAGCCUUGAUCAAGGCAGGCAUGCACGGUCUCGUCUAUCUCAGCACGAAUGGCGAGCUAGUUCUCCUCUCGCGUGAAGAGCGCAAAGCCAUCAUCAAGACAGCCGUGCAGACAGCUUCUGCAGCGAGUGGACCUGACUACCCCAUUGUGGCAGGCAUCUCGGCACAAUCCACGCAGGAGACGAUCCAGAACGCCAAAGAUGCAGCGGAUGCUGGAGCUGGCUUUGGGUUGCUUCUGCCGCCGAAUUACUGGCCCAAGGCACUGCCCAGCCAAGCUAUAGUGUCUUACUUUAAAGAGGUUGCGGCGGCUUCACCGAUACCUAUUAUUCCUAGCAACAUGAUUCUCAACAAGUUCGCGAAGCCUUCUCAGUACAUGGCCACCAUCAUGUUCAUCUGGGGUAUUGUCGUGGUUUGCACCGGUCUAAUCCACAACUUUGGCCAACUCUGCAUCAUCCGUAUCCUCCUCGGUCUUUUUGAGGCUGGCUUUUUCCCCGGCGCUAUCCUCAUCAUUUCGAAAUGGUACCUCCCCCACGAAACGCAAACCCGAGUCGCGAUUCUAUAUACAUCCGCAGCCACCGGAGGUGCUUUCUCCGGCCUCUUUGCCUAUGCCAUCGCCAAAAUGGACGGCAUCGGUGGUCAGGGCGGUUGGCGAUGGAUCUUCUUCAUUGAGGGAAUCUUCACAAUUGUCAUGUCGUUCGUCACAUGGUUCUUGCUCAUCGACUCGCCUACUCUCUCAUACUGGCUUACCGAUGAAGAGAAGCGAUAUCUCGUUCUGCGCCAAGCUUCUCGAAGAGUCACUAACUCGGGCGAAUACCGCGAGAAGACGUUCGACAAGGGAGCUUUGUUCGAGGUUCUCAAGGACUGGAAGGCAUAUCUUCUCGUUAUCAUGUCCUGGUCCAACGCUGCGCCCAACUACGGUCUCAAAUUCUCCAUGCCCUCUAUUGUUAAGGGAAUGGGCUACACAUCCAGCAACGCCCAACUCAUGACUAUUCCACCUUAUCUCUGCGGAGCUAUCUCAUCGUACCUCCUCGCUCGAUUCGCUGAUAAGCACAAGUGGAGAAUGCCCUUUAUUAUUGGUCCUCAGCUCUGCAUCGUCAUAGCUUUCUCUAUUCUUAUGACCAAAGCCGAGUUUAUUGUUCAGAACCUUGGAGUGUGCUACUUUGCAGUCUGUCUCGCUUGUGCUGGCAUGUAUCCCAUCUUGCCUGGUACCAGCGCCUGGAACAUUGACAACAACCUCAAUCCCACCAAGCGAGCCAUCAGCAUUGGCUUUGUCACCUGUGCAGGUACAAUAGGUGGUAUCUAUGGUAGCUACAUCUAUAUCGACAAGGAGAAGCCCAAGUACACGACUGGAUAUGGUGCAUCGCUCGGAUUCGCCGUCGCAGGAAUCUUGGCUGCUGUUACCCUUGAGACUGCUUUGGUCAUGAUUAACAAGAAGAGGUCCAAGAUCAGCGAGGCUGAGGUUCGGAGCAAGUACACAGAGGAGGAGCUUGAGAUUAUGGGUGAGAAGAGCCCCCUAUACCAGUACAAGCUGUAG